AUGUCUAGUGUCAUCAACAAGGUCAAGGAUGCCGUAUCCGGCAACCAUAACUCUUCCACCACUCAUGGUGCCUCUGAAGGCACUCACGGACCUCACACCAGCCGUGUUGGAAAUGCCGCCGAUCCGAGAGUCGACAGCGACCGCGACCACCGCGCUGCGCCAGGCUCGACCAUUGGCGGCUCUCAAACACACACAUCUGGUGGUAACUACACCCACGGAACUACGGGUACAACUGGCACUACGGGCACUACAGGCUACACAGGCACCACGGGGCAGACAACCUCAGGGCCUCAUAGAUCAGACAUAGCCAACAAGGUUGAUCCCAGAAUUGACUCUGACCGAUCCGGUCACUAUGCAGGCAACGCCGCUGGUGACUACGGUGGUAGUGGACCCGAAGGAGUUUCUGGCCCACACAACUCUCGUCUAGCCAACGCCGUCGAUCCUCGCGUAGACAGCGACCGAGAUGCCAGCCGUACUGUCGGAAACACAUACGGCAGCUCUGGCACUGCCGGAACGACGGGUGCCGGUUACACUCCUGGGAGCACCACGGGAACUACGGGAACUACAGGCAACCACUUCAAUAGCUCCACGGGAGGUACUGGGUACGGCACAAAUGAUACUACCGGAACUACUGGUUCUACCGGUAUUCACGGCACUCAUGGGAAUCAUGGUACUGCUGGCACCCACGGCACCCACGGCACUACUGGUACCCAUAACACUACCGGCACCCACGGUGCUACUGGUACACACGGUAUUGCCGGCACACAUGGCACUACCGGCACACAUGGCAAUACCGGCACAUAUGGCACUGUCGGAACGCACGGGUAUAGCACGGGAGCAACCGGUACUCACGGCCAAGGGGUAACCGGAACGCAUGCAGCAAAUUCCGGCCCGGGUCCCGCUCCCGGCACCGCCGGUCCUCACAAGAGCGACAUGAUGAACAAAUUAGACCCACGAGUUGACUCGGACCUGGACAAUUCCAAGACAUUCGGCGGCAACAAGACUUACCAGUCUGGGAACUAUUCUGCCAAAGAUCCUACGGACGCUGCUCAGGUACCUCCCUCUACUUUGCGACAACACAUCGGCGAACCUGUGGUUGAACAUGGCGACCAGAAACACGGUCAUAACCAUAGGAAUAACGUGACAUCUGCUCAGGAGGGACACAGGGGUUUAUAA